AUGGGCACCUCUGGAGCUGCUGCAGAGCAUCAACUGGGCACUACCAUGGCGGUUGCUACCAUUGAUCACCUACAUCCUCUAUACAUGUAUCAUUUUGACGCACCUGGAUCUCUGAGUGUUGGCAUCAUGCUAAAUGGAUCUGACAAUUACACCUUGUGGAGCAAGGCAAUGCAGCUUGCUUUGCUUGGAAAGAAUAAGGUUGGAUUUGUUGAUGGAACUGUCAAGCGAUCACAAUUCACAGGAGAUUUGACGAGAUUGUGGGAUCGAUGCAACGCGAUUGUAGUUUCAUGGAUUCUCUGCAAUGUAAGUAAGGAUCUGCAUAGUGGAGUACUUUUCUGUUCUGAUGCACAUCUGAUCUGGGAAGAUUUGAAAGAAAGAUUUAACAAAGUUAACAGCUCACAAAUUUUUCAAUUACAUAAAGAACUUUUCACUCUAGUUCAAGGUGUUGCUUCUGUCUCCAUAUACUAUUCUAGGCUUAAGGAUCUUUGGGAUGAAUACGACUCUAUAAUGCCUCCACCUUCCUGCAACUGUCCUAAGUCUAGAGAUUUCUAUGAUCAUUUACAACACCAACGCAUGCUACAAUUUCUCAUGGGGUUAAAUGAUAACUAUAGCCAGGCUAGGAGUCAAAUUCUCCUAAUGCCCCAUCUUCCUAGCAUCAAUCAUGCUUAUGCCAUGAUUAAUCAGGAUGAGAGUCAACAGUUAGUAGCAGGAUCAAGUAGAUUGAUACCUGAAAACUUGACUCCUACUGCAAUGUUCACUGCCAAACCUGCUUCAAGUCCUCAAAGGCCUAAGAAACCUUAUAAUCCUAAUGUUGUCUGCGAUUUUUGCCAUAUGAAAGGUCAUCUGCGUAUUGACUGUCUUAAGCUGUUGAACUGUGAUUUUUGUCAUAAGACUGGUCACCUUAAGCUAAAUUGUUAUAAGUUGAAUAGUUAUCCUCCACACUAUAAAGGCAAAAGAGAAGUUGUUGUGGCUGGAAACUCAAUGUAUGAUGUAGGGUCAGUACAUAGGCAGGACUCAAUAACAAUGACACCUUAUCAACAAUGUCCACCUCUUUCACCUUGCUACAUACCACCUCCACAACCCCCAGGUUCAAUGUUGCCCAUGUUCACCCCUGCACAACAUCAACAAUUACUUCACAUGCUGAAUCAGUCAUCCAUAAAUGACACACAGGGGACUGCUAAUAUGGCCGGUAAUCCAUCUUUAUCUCAGCCUGUUUUGAUAGAUUGGAUAGUGGAUACUGGUGCCUCCCACCACAUGAUUGGUAAUCCUCAUUUGUUACAUCAUAAAGGCCUGUUAGAUAAUACAAGCCAUGUCCAAUUGUCCACUGGUACCUCUGCCAAAGUCUCACACAUUGGGGACUGCCACAUUGGAGGAGGUGAUAUUCUUAAAAAUGUUUUAUGUAUACCAGCAUUCAAGUUCAAUCUUAUGUCAGUAUCACAGGACCUCUCAUUUGGGAAGGUGAGGAUGAUUGGUAAGGAGAGGAAUGGGCUGUACACAUUAUGUUUCCAAAUGGAAGUCAAAGAUAAAGUUCCACGAGGAUGUUUAGCAGUCACACAAGAAGCUGAUGGCAGUGUGUGGCAUAAAAGUUUGCUAUUUAAGAUCAAGAGGGUCAGGUCUGACAAUGGAUUUGAGUUUUUUAACACCAAUUGUAAUGCUUUGUUCAAACUUUAUGGAGUUGUGCAUGAAAGUUCUUGUCCAUACACACCACAACAAAAUGGUGUGGUGGAAAGGAAACAUAGACACAUUCUUGAAAUUGCAAGGGCAAUCAAAUUUCAGGCUAGUUUUCCAGACAAGUUUUGGGGAUUUUGCAUUCAUGCAGCAGUAUAUGUACUAAACAGGAUACCUUCCACUGUUCUAGCAGAUCUAUCACCAUUUGAAAAGUUGUUUGAAAAACCACCAUCAUUUGAGCACAUGAGAACUAUAGGUUGUUUGUGUUUUGCCACAAAUCUUCCUAAACAUGAUAAGUUUGGUCCAAAGGCUGUGAGAGCUGUGUUUAUGGGUUAUGGAACUACUCAAAAGGGCUAUAGGUUAUAUGAUUUAGAGAACAAGAGUUUCUUUAUCAGCAGGGAUGUGGUGUUCAUGGAGGAUGUCUUUCCAUUCAAAGAUACUGUAACUGAUCAACAACAUAUACCUCCUUCUCAAUCUACUAGGAUUGUGCCAGAGGAAAUUGUCCAACUACAGGUUGAUGAAGUUGCAACUUCUGUUGCACCAGUUGAUGUUAUUCCUGCAACCCCAGUGAGAAAAUCUACUAGAGGUGUCAGACCUCCUAUUUGGCAUAAGGACUAUGUCACAAAAGCUAGCACACGUGGAUGUAUUUACCCCAUUGCUUCAGUUGUGAAUUACACUAAUUUGUCUCCUCACUACCAGAGUUUUGUUUCUAAAUUCUCUACAGAUACUGAACCUACCAGUUACACAGAGGCAUCCAAAGAUACAAAGUGGAUAAAAGCUAUGAAAUGUGAGAUUAAAGCUUUGGAAGAGAACAAGACAUGGGCGGUGGUAGAACUACCAAAAGGAAAGAAAGCUAUCGGGUGCAAGUGGGUUUAUAAAAUCAAAUACAAUGCAGAUGGUACUAUAGAAAGGUUCAAAGCCCGAUUAGUUGCAAAAGGAUAUAAUUAG